AUGAAGGCACUCACAUCUCCCCUAGUCCUAGCCGUGGGCUUGACCCUUUCUGGCUUCGCCCAGGCGACAGAAACACCAUUGGUGAAGCUCCCCGGCUCUGAGAUCGUCGGUGUAUUUUACCAAGGCGUCGAGUCUUUCUUCGGCAUACCUUAUGCUGAACCACCGACAGGCCUCAACCGUCUCAAGAGACCCGUCAGGAGAACCUUGCCCCUGGGGUUGCUUGAUGCAAGCACGCCGGCAGAAAGAUGUUACCAAGGGCAUUUCCCGGUGACCCCCUUGGACUAUUACCCGUGGGAUGAGAACGAGAGCGCCGAAUCUGUCAGAAGUUUCAAUGAGACGUUUGGCAUUCAUGGGCCCCGCGGGUAUCCCAGGGUGGAGAUUACUCAAGAAGACUGCUUAACCGUCACAGUACAGCGUCCGGCGGGCACCAAGGAGGGAGACAACUUGCCAGUGCUGUUUAUGAUCCAGGGCUACGGCUUUGUCGUGGGAGGGGCGCCUGGUCAUUCUACUACCAGCUUCCUCAACUUUGGUGUUGAAAAUAACCAACCAUUUAUCCUUGUCACCGCCAACUACCGAAUGGGUGUCUGGGGAUUCUUGCCCGGCAAAGAGGUCAUGGCCAACAAGACAGCCAAUCUGGGUCUCUAUGAUCAGCGAAUGAGCAUGCAAUGGACGUCAGACAACAUCAAAGCCUUUGGAGGCGACCCGGACAGAAUCACGCUCUGGGGCGAAGGAUCAGGUGGUGUUUCCGUUUUGAGCCACUUGGUUAUUAAUGAUGGAAACGCAACGUAUAACGGCAGGCAGCUCUUUCACGGUGCCAUUAUGAGCUCUGGCAGUCUCAUGCUCGCCGAGUAUCCAGACGCAAAGAGGCCUCAAGAGGUUUACGACAAGAUUGUCCACGCCGCUGGAUGCAGCGAGAGAGAGGACUCUCUGCAGUGCCUGCGUGAGAUUACCCCGGCGAGGCUCGCAAUCUCGAGCGCUGCCGUCCUGGGAAGCUCCUCUGUCGAGGCGUUGAGGCUUCAAUUUAUUCCCCGACCAGAUGGUGAGUUGAUUCGAUAUAGUCCAGAAGUGCAUCUCAAUCGUGGUACUUUCCUUCAAGUGCCCAUGAUUAUCGGCAACCAGGAAGACGAGGGUACCAUCUUUGCAAAGGUGAGGCCUCUCUUUGAAGUCAAGAAAAAUGAGACAUUCGACAGCUACCUUCGCCGGCAAUACUUUUACAACUUGCCGGAAGCCAAUCUGCAGAGGUUUACCUCGCUAUACAGUGACAGACCGGAGGAUGGCAGCCCUUACCGCACGCAACUUACUCCUAUUGACGAGCAAUGGCAUGACAGGAAGCGGAUUGCAUCCAUUCUCGGCGACCUCUUCUUCGUAUUUCCUCGCCGGCUCGCAAUGUUCUUGAUUGCCGCCUCACAUCCUUCCGUACCGUUGUGGGGGUAUCAGGGGUCGCAGGAGUAUGACAAGUCGAUAUCGCGAGGAGGAUUACUUGGUACUGCACAUGGGUCUUUUGAGAAAAACGCCAUUGCGUUUGAGUUUGACAAGGAGGACUUUUUGCUCGGCAUCCCCCCGGAGGAGAACUACUCGACUGCCAGCAUCCGCACAUACAUGAUCAAUUUCAUGUACAACCUGGAUCCCAAUAAAGGCGUUGGUAUCUAUCAACCUGAAGUUUGGACUAAGUGGAAGCUCGACGACGCACAGUUGCUGUGGAUCAACAAGACGCGUAAUGGCUAUAUAUAUGACGAUGCCCGGGCCGAGCAAUAUAAGGUCAUGUUGGGGGAAUUGGAUCUGCUCCGGCUUUGA